AUGGAUGACGUAUCUACUUUUGGCGAUACCACAAUCACCAAUGGUACUUUUCUGAGGGGUGUCAGCUCGGCCAAUUUUCUGGUAUAUGAUAAAGAAAGGGGCUUGGAGAUAUUGGGUGCCGAUCCAAGUUACAAGUUCAUGUUUGCCGUCUCCGAAGCUGUCCACGAGGCUCCUGUGUACAUCGCAUCGCAGAAUAAACUCUACCUGUCUCAGCUAGCUCCCCCUCCUGGCUACCUCCCCCAGCUCGUCGUGGAUCUGAAUGAAGACCCGCCAACGCUGUCCGAGUACCUCUCCGAUCCUCCUGUCUAUGCGCCUAACGGAGGUACAUUCCAUGAUGGCAAGAUCGUCUGGGGAGCAUCGGGCGGUAACCGAUCAAUCGGAGGCAGUGAACAGCGCAUCUCUUUGAGGACACUGGACCCGGAGACCAAUAAGUCGGGCACCCUGCUAAACAACUACUUCGGUUUUUAUUUCAAUACCAUCGACGACCUUGCGGUACAUCCAAAGACAAAGGACAUUUGGUUCACAGAUCCUCAGUAUUCGUGGUUCAAUGCUCUCACUGACACUCCACCCCAGCUUCCAAGUGCUAGUUACAGGUACAAUGCCUCUUCGGGCGCGGUUUUCGUAGUUGAUGACUCUAUUGGCCAGCCAAAUGGUAUUUCUUUUAGCCCGGAAGGCUCAGUCGUUUAUAUCACCGACACUACGGCUGUAAGCGCGCCUGUCGAUCUCCAAUAUGGCCAUCCUGGCAGCCUAUUCAAUGCCACCCAGCGCAGGACCGUUUAUGCCUUUGACGUAAGCGAAGAUGGUACCAGCGCUUAUAACAAGCGACCUAUCUAUAUGGCCUCUGGAUUUGUCCCGGACGGCUUGAAGGUAGCAGCCAACGGAUACAUUGUGACAGGCGUCGGACGAGGUGUUGAUGUACUUGAUCCCUCUGGUCAACUUCUUUUAACUAUCCAGACAAACUACACCGUUCAGAAUUUUGCCUGGACUGGCCCCGAACUCAAGACACUCUGGCUUAUGGGUAAUGGGGGGAUCAGUAAAGUUGAGUGGCAACUUGGAGGACAGGUGCUAAGGUGA